AAGCAGCCUUGUGAGAAAUCUAAUUUUCUCUACCUGACAGAAAGAGAAAAAUUGCACAAACACCCUCAACCUGAACCCUCGUAAAUCACACUCCAGUGAAAAUGGUCAAACAUUUACCCUGCUCUGUUACCAAGCCUCGUUACCAGAGACGGUCACGCCUAACUUUCCCAUAUCUCUCCAAGUUACAUUAUUACUCAUAUCAGGGCUGCUGAAAGGCAGGGGCAGGGAGCUCUCCACCUCUCUCUCCGGCUUGUCCACAAACCCUUCUUGUUUCUGUUGUUUCACAGUUCCCGGGAUCUUUUGAGAGAUGUUCAACAAGCAGCAGUACGAGAGUCCGCCUGUCUACAGUCCUCCCUUCACCUCUCCAUCCAACAACGGCUUUGGCCCCGCAGCCAGCUUCCAUGGCCCUCAGAGCGACUACAACGGGUACCCACCUCCACCGGGAUCGUACUACGUGGAGGACAAGCCGCAGCACUUCUACAAAUGGCUGUCGCCUCCCGGCAUCAUCAAGGCCAUGAUGGCUACGGUGAUUGUGCUGUGUGUGGCGAUAUUUGCCUGCGUGGCUUCCACUCUCAUGUGGGACAUGCAGUAUGGUUAUGGUGCUGGAAUGGGCUACGGUGGAGGCGGAGGAUACGGUGGCGGCGGCUAUGGAGGCAGCUACGGCGGUGGAGGCUAUGGCGGCGGCAGCUACGGUUCAGGAUAUGGAGGAUAUGGAGGUUACGGAAACGGCAACUACCAAGGUUCCUACAUCUCGCCCUCCUCGGCCAAAGCCGCCAUGAUCGCCUUGGCAGCCAUUAACUUCAUCGGAGCGCUGGGGUUCUUCAUUGCCAGCUUUUCUAAAUCCAACAUGGUCCACACCAGGAAGUUCUUCCUGGCCCUCAUGAUAACCAGCAUCAUCCUGGCUGCUCUGCAGGGCAUCAUAAACAUUGUCUACAUCGUCGGAGUGAACCCCAUGGCCCAGGGCUCCUCCAGUAUGAUGUACAACCCAAUGCUCAUGAUGUGCCAGAACCUGUACCAGAGCGGCUACUCACAGAUGGGAGGAGUCGGAGGUUUCCCCAUAUACAACCAGUACCUCUACCACUACUGCUUCGUGGACCCACAGGAGGGAGUUGCCAUGGUGUGUGGAUUCCUGGUCGUGAUCGCUCUGGGUGUUGCAGCUUUCUUUGCGCACAAAACCAGGGGGAAGAUCUGGCGCUACGGGAAACCAAACAUCUACUGGAGGGAGCCUCUGGUCGGGGGGAAGGCCUCGGAGGGCAGAGAUGUGGAGGACUGGGUGAACAAUGUGGAGGAAAGCCGCAGUGUGCAGGACGCCCCGACCCUGCUGGUGUCAGAGAAGGGAGGCGGGCUCCUCAACGCCUCGGUGAACAGUAUCAUCUCCUACCCCCCGGCCAAGGUGGACAGCAGCUCCUACAACGGGGAAACAUACACCAACAACGAGUACUCGGACAGGACCACAAGCCGCCCCUCGGAGGUCUUCUCCCACGGGGGAGGGACCAGCUCCAGCCCUUCAGAGGAGAUGAGCAGUGUCCGCAAACCCUCCGCCAACCGGGGCAAGAGACGCAGACGGAACCCAGAGCUGGAUGAGUCUCAGUACGAAACCGAGUACACCACGGGAGGAGAGACGGGCAAUGAGCUUGAUGAAGAAGAGUGGGAGAGCUUGUACCCGGUGAUAACAUCUGAUGUGCAGCGUCACGACUACAAGAGGGAGUUCGAUUCCGACCUCAAGGACUACAAGCGCCUCUGUGCCGAGAUGGACGACAUCAACGAUCAGAUGAACAAACUCAGCCGGCAGUUGGACACACUGGACGACACCUCGGGCAAAUACCAGGUUGCAGCCGAGGAAUAUAAUCAGCUCAAGGAUCUGAAGCAGACACCAGACUACCGGUCUAGGAAGAAGCAGUGUCGCAGGCUGAGAUACAAACUGUUCCACAUCAAGCGCAUGGUGAAGAACUACGACAAGACCCACCCGUGAAUCCACUGAGUCCUGUCUCCGCUCUGUGGUCCACACAGACACACACACUCACAGACACAUGGGCCAAGAUACACUCCAAAACACUGCAAAGACCCUUGGACACACGCUGAGACCAAAGUUACCUUCACAGCACACACCGGAUACAGAGGGACCCAUUUUAACACACUCGCACUCACACAGGGAACAUAAUAAUAAUGGUCUACAUUCUGUCUGAUCAGAAAUGAAUCAGUCACUACUUUGUGGGAAGCAAAUGGAAACAGAGCCGUCAGUUGAAGCCAAUUCUGCAGGAAACACUGCCAAUUUUUUUAAAAGGUCCUGCUCGUGGUUUGCAGAGUGCACUCACAUGAGAGGUUGUGACUGCCAAUUUUUUUAAAAGGUCCUGCUCGUGGUUUGCAGAGUGCACUCACAUGAGAGGUUGUUUGAAAGUCACCUCACCUUCAGUCACCUGUGAUAACACCAGGGGUUGGGUUUCUGUGGCUCUGUUUGCUCUCCAGAUUGCAAAACGUUUCUUUUUUUAAUCUCCACAGAUAAGAGGUGGUACAGUAUUGUAGGGGAACAUAUGAGGCAGGUCACGAGGAUCCAUUGCAAGUAAAUACUCUGUUUCUUCUAACCCGUGGCUAGACGUUUUCUUUACUGCAAAUUAACUGUAGUUGUGCUUUCUUCAUCUUUUGCGUCCGUGUUUUGUGACUAACUCCAGUGUCAGUGCAUCUUACUGCUCUCUGCCGGGACCAAGAGAAUUUCAUCUCAACUAAGAUAUAUUUAUACCGAUUGUCAUAAAAGCGAGUGAGACCAAAAUCAAAGGGGACAAACUGGCCAAUGAGAUAUGAGUGACGUUGUGUUGUAUAUAUGGUUAAUGAAUCUUGUUCACUCUACGUACCAAGAACAAAUUUAGUGUAACCGUCUGUUAGGUUCAGCAGAUUUCUUAGCAUUCGUGAUGUUAUCUGUACAUACUUACGAUCCAUAGAGGCUUGUUUUUGUUUCUUUUGAUCAGCUGUCAUUCAAAUAAGCUAAAUCUAUGCAAAAUUCUAAAAAACACUAUACUUUCUUAAUAUUGUUUAUCAUGUCUGUUCCUCAACAAACGUCUCUCCCUGUUGCCGACUUUCUGUAAGCUGAGCACAUCUUUUCAUUUGAUUCUUUUCCAGUAAAAAAUCAUCAUCAAUGUCUUCAGUAAUUGUUUUAUAUUAAUCCACUUCCUCUGCAAAGUGUUGCUAUCUGCUGUACCCUUAUGAAAUCGUAAAGACACACUUUUGAUUUGUCUCUCAUCUUUAUUUUUUAUGAAAAACAUUGUCGUCCUUUUACAAACCAUUUUGCGAGCCAUUUAUUUUUGUAUGAAUUUAUUUUCUUUGAUGCUAUUAUAAAAGACCAUUUUUUGUAACGGUAUGCUUCCACAUGGAAUUAUGUCUAAAAAGUAUUGAAUACAGUAAAUAAUAAACAUUUCUAAUUCUCUAAAUAUG